AUGCGGUCCCGCCCUGGGGGCGGAGCCAAGGCUCAAGCCUGCGGCGUGCGAGACCCGCGGAAAUCCUCCCGGUCUCCCGGGAUUGAGGACGUAGCCCGCAUCCCUCGGCCUCCCUCUCUGCGGGGGCGCAGCUACCACCUGGUCGGGAUCAGCUUCUUCAUCCUGGGACUGGGCACCCUCCUUCCCUGGAACUUCUUCAUCACCGCCAUCCCGUACUUCCAGACGCGCCUGGCCGGGGUCAACAGCACAGCCGAGACCCUGAGCUCCAACCACACAGGCCCCACAGACACCUUCAGCUUCAACAACUGGGUGACGCUGCUGUCCCAGCUGCCCCUGCUACUCUUCACCCUCCUCAACUCCUUCCUGUACCAGUGCAUCCCUGAGGCGGUGCGCAUUCUGGGCAGCCUGCUGGCCAUACUACUGCUCUUUGCCCUGACAGCAGUGUUGGUCAAAGUGGACGUGAGCCCUGGACCCUUCUUUUCCAUCACCAUGGCCUCUGUCUGGUUCAUCAACUCCUUCUGCGCAGUGCUGCAGGGUAGUCUCUUCGGGCAGCUGGGCACCAUGCCAUCCACUUACAGUACUGUCUUUCUCAGCGGCCAGGGCCUGGCUGGGAUCUUCGCUGCCCUUGCCAUGCUCAUGUCCAUGGCCAGUGGUGUGGAUGCCCAGACCUCUGCCCUGGGGUACUUCAUCACACCCUGUGUGGGCAUCCUCAUGUCCAUCGUGUGUUACCUGAGCCUGCCCCACCUGGAGUUUGCCCGCUACUACCUGACCAAGAAGCCCUCACAGGUCCCAGCGCAGGAACUGGAGACCAAAGCUGAGCUUCUGCAGUCUGAUGAGAAGAACGGGAUUCCCAACAGCCCCCAGAAAGCAGCCCUGACUCUGGAUCUUGACCUUGAAAAGGAGCCAGAGCCUGAACUAGAUGAGCCUCAAAAGCCAGAAAAACCUUCAGUCUUCAUUGUCUUCCAGAAGAUCUGGCUGAUGGCGCUGUGCCUUGUGUUGGUCUUCACAGUCACCCUGUCGGUCUUCCCUGCCAUCACAGCCAUGGUGACCAGCUCCACCGGCCCGGGGAAGUGGAGUCAGUUCUUCAACCCUAUCUGCUGCUUUCUGCUCUUCAACAUCAUGGACUGGGUGGGCCGGAGCCUGACUUCCUACUUCCUAUGGCCAGAUGAGGACAGCCGACUGCUGCCCCUGCUGGUUUGCCUUCGGUUCCUGUUCGUGCCACUCUUCAUGCUGUGCCACGUGCCUGAGCGGGCUCGGCUACCCAUCCUCUUCCGGCAGGAUGCCUACUUCAUCACGUUCAUGCUGCUAUUUGCCAUCUCCAAUGGCUACCUGGUAUCCCUUACCAUGUGCCUGGCACCCAGGCAGGUGCUGCCACAUGAGAGAGAGGUGGCCGGCGCCCUCAUGACCUUCUUCCUAGCCCUGGGACUCUCCUGUGGUGCUUCUCUCUCCUUCCUUUUCAAGGCGCUGCUCUGAAGGGGCCAUCAGGGCUCUGGGAAGCCCUCUUCUCAGUGCCCUUCUGGAACUGAGACCCAGCCAGACCCAAGAGAAAGGACAAGCUGGGCUGAGGCAUCUGCUGAGCCUGGGCACUUCACCUGCAGGUGGCCAGAACUCACCAUCCCCUGCUAUUGGCCACUUGGGCUCUGCAAGAAACAGCCCACCACUGGGCAUCCUACCCCUCACCCAGGGAUCGGUCCACAGGGGACAGACUUCACCAAAGGAGGUGAUUGGGGAAAGUGCCAUGGGACUGUACCUGUUCAUCAACAAGACACCUGCUGAAGCUAGGGAGCAGAGUUACCUACCAGUGGGCCUACUAGGGUUGCAGCUGAUAUGGCCUCUGCCUCCACUGUGAGAGGGAGGAGGGGCCCGGGCAGGAGCUACCCCCACCCAAACCCCAGUGACCCCAUGGUCACAUCCUCCCCACCCACGGCAAAGACGGCCAGGAAAGUUGAGGGGAGGAGAUGUUGACAAUCUGAGGGUGCUCAAAGGACCAGGUUCUGAGCCUCAAAACGGUGUUUUCAGGCUGGGGAUUUAGCUCAGCAGCACUGCGCCUGCGUUGCAAGCACAAGGUCAGGAGUUCGAUCCCCAGUACCAAAACAAACAAACAAAACAAAAAAAGUGUUCUCAUGGCCAACACUCCUGUCCUCAUUCCCCAUAGCCCAGCUGGGCCUGGUUCCCAGAAUGGCAGCCUGCAUGUGUGGGCUGCACUUUACAGUUUGCAAUAGGGAGAACUUUCUUACUGAGGCUCUUGGAAGAAGCUGGGCAGGGAUUGUCUCCCCAUUGCACAGGUGGGGAAAGUGAGUCCCAAGAGGAGCGAGUGGUCCAUGGUAGAGCAGGGACAGCGGCCCCAUCUCCCCACACCCCGCAGGUGCUAUUCCUCCUCUGUCACCUGCUUCUCUUCCUUAAGAGGCUUGGGAUAGGAGCCCUAAGCAUAUAUUCCAUCUUCUCACCCCAAUUCUCCCUCUGACCCUGCUCCCAGGUCUAAUUACAGUUCAUUUGGAUGAUGCAUUCAGAG